UCGUGAUCGCAGUGCGUUGACAUUCCGAGGGAUCGAGAGAAUUCCAGGCCAAUGUCAAUCUGCGUUGGCCGUGCGCGUGCCAAAAUGUCCCAAGCGGCUGAUCGCGCGCCAGCGGAGAUCGAUGAUGGUCUUGUAUCGUCUAUCGUCUCUCAAACGUACAGUGACGAUGCGUAAUCGACGUAUCCGAAGGCGAUACAUCCACUCUUCCUCUUGGCAGCAUCCCCGCCCCAACGAUCGUGUCGUCGAUUAACUCCUAACCCUCAUGCGGAAUCCAUUGUCAGAUGAACAUUGCGGCGACCAACGACAUCGAUGAUGGCAACACGAUCAUUAUGUCAACUGGACCUACACAUAAACAUCGUUACAAAAAUGUAGGAUUAGAUUCACAAGAACUGCGAAGACGCAGAGAGGAAGAGGGAGUCCAAUUAAGAAAACAGAAACGUGAGCAGCAAUUAUCAAAACGUCGCAAUGUUCCAAACAUUGUUGCAGAUGAAGAUAAUGUUACAUCUACAGAUGAAUAUUCACUUCCUAUUGGUACAGCACAAUCGUCUCCUGGUAUUAUAACAUCUGAAAUGGUAGAUGCAUUAUAUAGUCCUAACAUAAAAGAUCAAUUGGCAGCAACGCAGAAAUUUAGAAAAUUAUUAUCAAGAGAGCCAAAUCCCCCUAUAGAUGAGGUGAUACAAACAGGAAUCGUACCACAAUUUGUUGAAUUUCUUAAAAAUAAUACAAAUUGCACUCUGCAGUUUGAAGCAGCAUGGGCUCUGACAAAUAUAGCAAGUGGUACAUCUCAGCAAACACGUAUUGUGAUAGAUGCAGGAGCUGUUCCUACUUUCAUAUCUUUACUUGGUUCUGAAUAUGAAGAUGUGCAGGAACAAGCUGUUUGGGCAUUGGGUAAUAUUGCAGGCGAUAGUCCCGAAUGCAGAGAUCAUGUCUUAGCCAAUGGUAUCCUCACACCACUUCUGCAACUGCUAUCAAAGGCAACACGACUUUCUAUGACCCGCAAUGCGGUAUGGGCAUUAUCAAAUCUCUGUCGAGGAAAAAAUCCAGCACCAGUUUUUGCAAAGGUUACACCAUGUUUACCAGUGUUGGCACAUCUUCUCAAUCAUACUGACUAUGAUGUACUCGCUGAUGCUUGUUGGGCUCUUUCUUACUUGAGCGAUGGCCCAAAUGAUAAAAUACAAGCUGUUAUUAAUGCUGGUGUUUGCAGACGUCUCGUAGAACUUCUCAUGCAUGAACAAAAUAAUGUAACAAGUGCGGCUCUUCGUGCUGUAGGAAAUAUAGUUACUGGAGAUGAUGUGCAAACGCAAGUUGUAUUAAAUUGCUCGGCAUUACAUUGUCUAUUACAUCUCUUAAGUUCGCCACGGGAAAGUGUUCGUAAAGAGGCUUGUUGGACAGUCUCUAAUAUCACUGCCGGUAAUCCCCAACAAAUACAAGCGGUGAUUGAUGGUAAUAUCUUUCCGGUUUUAAUUGAAAUUUUGAGUAAAGCUGAAUUUAAAACACGUAAAGAAGCUGCAUGGGCAAUUACAAAUGCUACUAGUGGUGGAACAGCCGAACAAAUUCGAUAUCUCGCAGUGCAAGGAUGUAUUCCGCCGCUUUGCGAUUUGCUUACUGUUAUGGAUGUCAAGAUUGUUCAGGUCGCUCUGAAUGGUAUAGAAAAUAUUCUACGCCUGGGAGAACAAGAUGCAACUAUGCAUAAUGGUCUCAAUCCUUAUGCAGUUCUUAUCGAAGAAUGUUAUGGCCUAGAUAAGAUAGAAUUCUUGCAAUCGCACCAAAAUAUGGAUAUUUAUCAAAAGGCCUUUGAUAUUAUCGAACGAUUCUUUGGGUCUGAGGAAGAAGAUACCCGACUUGUACCUUCAAUCGAUUCACAAGGACAAGAAUAUCAGUUCACCGCACCAGAUUCUUCCCAACUACCAGUGCAAGGCUUUGAAUUCUAAUCAUGUCUUUAAAUUUCUGAAUAUAACUCUGUUUCAUUAAACGUUAACGUUAUUCGUUCUACAGGGAUUUAUAAUAUUCUAAAAAUUAGUAGGGGAGAUCGCACGCCGAGCUAUCUGUUGAGAGGUAGGUGCACAGUACUGCUAUCUCGGAUGUUAAGCGGUAAAUAUCCUUUUAAUUUAAAAAGUAGCUGAAAAAACUAAGUAACAUGAAAACAAAAAUUUCUGAAAUUACAUGUUUUUUCAACUACUCGUUAGAAUGAUAGACAUCUGUCUCUUAACAUCUGAUCUGAGAUAAUACUGUGGACACAUGGUCUUCCCUACAUCAAUAGGAAAUUUGAUUUUACAUAUUCAUUCACUGAGCUUGAGUGUAUUUGUGUCAGAAGUAUAACAUAAUUGAAACUGAUCUAUUCUUCUUUUAUUUGAAUUAAAAGCAGUAAAAACUCUUCAUACACUUUCAAUUGAUUUUUUCUUUUUUUUUUUUAUUAUUUAAAAUGAACCAUAACUUACUCUAUGUUACGAUCUGAAAUUGUUUUCGAAUCUACGUCAAAUUACGACAAUGUCUGUGUUUAGAGCCUUGAAACAAUUUGUGUAGGAACACUUACAGACUCAUACCUGCAUGUAUUUAGUAUGAGACGUUUAGUUUUUGAAACAAACGUCUUAGUGCUUAAGUAGAAGUGGAGACAGUGAUCAGAAUUUGUCGAGGCAAACUCACACCUCGUCCGACAUGUGACUGACGCAGAAUUACGAAAAAAAAACUUGCACUACCCUGCAAGACACUAACUGAAUGACU